GUAGAUAGGGCAUGUGUAACAUUUAGCUGCGGGUCACGUUCUGUGCUGGCUGUAACCCAGGGCACGCUUUAACUCACAGGUGCAGCCAGAAUGCUUUCCUCUUUCAGACCGACUGGAUCGCAGUCUCUGUCUUUCUCUCACAGACGCGAUGGCUUCUGGAGACCGCCGCCAGCCGCAGGCAGCCACCAAGCCGGCGUUCGGCGAGGAGGAGGCGGCCGAGCUGGUGGACAAGGUGUUCGGGUUAAAGGCGGUGUGGGUCAGGCCCCUGCCCAGCUACGACGAUCAGAACUUCCACGUGAAGGUCUCAGACGGAGGCGAGGCUGAAGGGGCCGAGGAGUACGUCCUCAAAAUCACCAACUCAGAAGACAGCCAGCAGCCCGCCCUCAUCGAGGCGCAGACCCGGGCCAUGGUGUUCCUCAGCGCCCACGGCUUCCCCUCAGCUACACCGCGGCUCACAAAGGACGGCGGCAUCAUGUCUGUGCAGGAGGGAGGUAGCAGACCUGGAAACCAAAAGUACGUGGUCAGACUGCUGACUUACCUGCCGGGCACACCUGUGGCUAAAAUUGCUGCACCUACUCAGCUUCUGUAUGACAUUGGUAAGCUGGCUGCCAGUCUGGAUAAAGCUCUCACAGAGCAAUUCCAUCAUCCAUCAGUAAGUAGUCUGCAUCGAGGUCAGUUCAUCUGGAACCUGGCCAACGUCCCCCUGCUGGAGCAGUACGUGGACGCCUUGGGCCAGAACGAGUACCGGGAGGUGGUGGAAUGGGUCAUCCAGCAGUUCAAGGAGAAAGUCACACCCAAGAUAAGCAGUUUUCGACCUUGCAUCAACCACGGGGACCUCAACGACCACAACAUCCUGGUGGUUCCCGGCUCUCCGCGCGGGGCGGCCCCGCAGUACCGCGUGUCGGGCGUGCUGGACUUCAGCGACAUGAGCUACGGCCGCUACGUGUUCGAGGCGGCCAUCGCCAUCAUGUACAUGAUGGUGGAGAGCGCCGAGCCGCUCCGCGUGGGCGGCCACGUCCUGGCGGGCUUCGAGAGCGUGGUGCCGCUGACGGGCGGGGAGCGGGCGGCGCUGUUCCUGCUGGUGAGCGGCCGCUUCGCGCAGUCGCUCGUCAUGGCGGCCCACACGGCGCUGCUGUACCCGGAGAACGAGGAGUACCUCAUGACCACGGCCAAGACGGGGUGGAAGCACCUGAUGGCCAUGUACGCGCUGGGCCAGGAGGCGGUGGAGAAGAUGUGGUUUGAGACGGCCGCGGUGUACGCGCGGCGAGAGACGGCCCCGUAAGGCGGGGACCGCAAUAAAGAUGGCGGAGCGCUGC